AUGGUUGAACCGGUGGGGUUUGUGGAGGCGUGGAGAGCCCAGUUUCCUGAGUCUGCCCCCCCUAGCAUGGACCUGAACUCAACGGGGGACAUCGAGCAGGAGCUGGACAAAUGCAAGACGUCCAUCCGACACUUGGAGAAGGAGGUAAACAAGGAGCGCUUUCGGAUGAUCUACCUGCAGACUCUGCUCGCCAAGGAGAGGAAGUCCUACGAUGGGCAGCGGUGGGGGUUUAAGAGGGCGCCCAAGAUGAGUGAUGGAGACCCGUCCAGUGGGCAGGACGGCCACAAGUCGCCCACAGAUGAGACACCAGUGGAGGAGCAGCAGAGAAGGACGAGCAGGUCAGUCAGAUGUAAACCACAUCCAGAUGGAGAUGUUGAUGAUUCAUCCCCUGCUAAACAGAGAGGUGGGACAUCACCGGUACGUCAGGAGGCAGAGAUCCCUGACUUCCCCCUGGGUCCGGGCUCUGUGGCCGCUCUGAGGAACAACUUCGAGCGCAUCAGGAGAGCCAACACUCACACGGCCGCCGACUGUCGAGGGCUGCCCGUCACGGGGAACCAGGAGAAACCGUUCUACGUGAACAUGGAGUACCAUCACGAGCGAGGACUGGUCAAAGUCAACAACAGGGAGGUGUCGGACAAGAUCAGCACCCUGGGAUGUCAGGCCAUGCAGAUGGAGCGGAGGAGAUCCCCGCACUCCCUUCCUGGGAACCUGUCCGCCGCUGCCAUGGGGAACAUCGGCAGGUCCGUUCAGAGAGGGAGAUCCAUCGAGGGGAACUGCGGCCACAACGGGUCAUGUCAGGACGGCGAGGUCAACCCUCACUUCCUGAAAGACAAUGCCAAAGACACACAAAGACAAUGCCAGCCUUACACCAGUGUGUAUGUUGGGGGGAUGAUGGCCGAUGGGGACACUCGAGUCAUCCACAUUAAGGACCACAGCAUCGAGGAGGACGCUCACCUCACCUGGCCGAGGCGCUCCUACUCCCCCGGUAGCUUCGACGACGUGGGCGGAGGCUACACGCCGGACUGCAGCUCCAACGAGAACUUAACCUCCAGCGAGGAGGACUUCUCCUCGGGUCAGUCCAGCCACGUUUCACCCAGCCCCACCACCACCUAUCACAUGUACCGCAACAAAAGCCGCUCGCCCUCCCAGCAGUCCUUCGACAGCAGCAGCAGCCCGCCCACCUCCCUGUCUCAGAGCCGCCUGAAGCAGCAGGUGACGGUCUCAGAGGCUGCCAUCGUUGGGGUUCGUAAAACGGGCCAGAUCUGGCCCAGUGACGGGGACUCCACCACCUCCAGCAGGACGUCUCAGGACAACAGUGUUCAAGGAGAUCUGGAGGCUCCCUACAACGAGACCUCAUCUUCAUAUGGCUUUGAACUGGAGCCGUCAGAAGAGCAGCAGCCCAGCCAUGACUCUCUGUCCCUCACAGGCUCUCCAUCGUCCUCCCCAAGACUCCGCUCCAAGAGCCGACACAGCCGAGACACCCAGUCCUCAGGCUCUCUGGAGUCCACGCUCUCGGUGGAGUUGGAUCAGGAAAAAGGACUCGAGAUGAGAAAGUGGGUUCUGUCAGGAAUCCUGGCCAGUGAGGAGACCUACCUCAGCCACCUGGAGGCUCUACUGAUACCCAUGAAGCCUCUGAGGGCCGCAGCCACGACCUCCCAACCGGUGCUGACCAUCCAGCAGAUCGAAAUCGUCUUCUUCAAAGUGCCGGAGCUUCACGAGAUCCACAAGGACUUCUACGAUGCUCUGCUUCCUCGAGUCCAGAACUGGGGCCACCAGCAGUGUGUGGGCGACCUCUUCCAGAAACUGGCCAGCCAGCUCGGAGUGUACCGGGCAUUUGUGGAUAACUACAAGGUUGCCGUGGAGACGGCGGACAAGUGCUGCCAGGCAAAUGCUCAGUUUGCACAGAUAUCUGAGAAUCUCAAGGUCAAAAGCACAAAGGACUGCAAAGACCAGCCUGCUAAAAACUCUCUGGAAACUCUUCUCUACAAACCCGUGGACAGAGUGACGCGCAGCACGCUCGUUCUGCAUGACCUUCUGAAGCACACGCCGUCCUGCCACCCAGACUACCCGCUGCUGCAAGACGCCCUGCGCAUCUCUCAGAACUUCCUGUCCAGUGUGAAUGAAGAGAUCACCCCCCGCAGACAGUCCAUGACCGUCAAGAAGGGAGAGAACCGUCAGCUGCUGAGGGAUCGCUUCAUGGUGGAGUUGGUGGAAGGUUCCAGGAAACUCCGUCAUGUCUUCCUGUUCACCGACCUGCUGCUCUGCACCAAACUGAAGAAACAGGCUGCAGGAAAAGGGCAACAGUAUGACUGCAAGUGGUACAUCCCGCUGGCUGACCUGACGUUCCAGACCAUCGAGGACUGCGAGUCCACCCCCAUCCCUCUGGUCCAGGACGAGGAGAUCGACGGCAUGAAGAUCAGAAUCUCCCAGAUCAAGAACGAGAUCCAAAGAGAGAAGAGAACCACGAAGGGACUCAAGGUGAUCGAGCGACUUAAGAAGAAGUUAUCAGAACAAGAGUCUCUGCUGCUCCUCAUGUCCCCAAACAUGGCGUUCAGAGUGGCCAACAAAAAUGGAAAGGGUUUCACAUUUCUCAUCUCUUCUGACUACGAGCGUGCAGAAUGGAGGGAGAUUAUCCACGAGCAGCAGAAGAAGUGUUUUAAGAGCUUCUCUCUGACCUCUCUGGAGCUGCAGAUGCUCACUAACUCGUGUGUGAAACUUCAGACCGUCCACAACAUCCCAAUGACCAUGAACAAAGAAGAUGAUGAGUCCCCGGGUUUAUACGGCUUCCUAAACGUCAUUGUGCACUCUGCAUCAGGGCUCAAACAGAGCUUAAAUCUGUACUGCUCCCUGGAGGUGGACUCCUUUGGAUACUUCGUCAACAAAGCCAAAACACGUGUGUACAGAGACUCCACAGAGCCCAACUGGAACGAGGAGUUUGAGAUUGAGCUGGAGGGCUCUCAGACUGUGAGGCUGCUCUGCUAUGACAAGUGCUGCAACAAAACCAAGCAGAGCAAAGAGGACGGGGAGAUCACGGACAAGAUCAUGGCCAAAGGACAAAUAAAGCUCGAUCCUCAGGCGUUACAGAACAAAGACUGGCAGAGGACGGUCAUCGCCAUGAACGGGAUUGAAGUGAAACUUUCCAUGAAGUUCACCAGCAGAGAGUUCAGUCUUAAGCGGAUGCCUUCACGGAAACACUCCGGCGUCUUCGGAGUGAAGAUCAAUGUUGUGACCAAGCGAGAGCGCUCAAAGGUCCCCCUCAUUGUGAGACAGUGUGUGGAGGAGAUAGAGCGACGGGGGAUGGACGAGGUGGGAAUCUAUCGGGUUUCCGGCGUCGCAACUGACAUCCAGUCACUGAAGGCUUCAUUCGACUCAAACAACAAAGAUGUGUCGGUCAUGAUGAGGGAGAUGGACGUAAACGCCAUCGCUGGAACUCUGAAGCUGUAUUUCCGCGAGCUGCCGGAGCCUCUCUUCACCGACGAGCUCUACCCAAACUUUGCUGGAGGCAUCGCUCUCUCCGACAGUGUGGCCAAAGAGAGCUGCAUGCUCAACCUGCUGCUGUCUCUACCAGAGCCCAACCUGGUCACCUUCCUCUUCGUGCUCGACCAUCUGAAAAGGAUUGCUGAAAACGAGUGCGUCAAUAAGAUGUCUCUGCACAAUCUGGCCACGGUUUUCGGGCCGACUCUGCUCAGGCCGUCUGAAAAAGACAGCAAAGUCUCCAACAGCUCGCAGCCGAUCUCCAUGAACGACAGCUGGUCUCUGGAAGUCAUGGCUCAGGUGCAAGUCCUCCUCUACUUCCUGCAGCUGGAGAGCAUUCCGGCGCCGGACAGCAAGCGUCAAAGCCUUCUCUUCUUGUCUGAAGUAUAGCACUCAAACACCCGUCAUCAACGCUCGCUUCAGAGGCAGAGCGUCAGCCCCGCUUCAUGUUGUGGAAGCUGCUGAGCUGGUCGACCCUGAAGAUGCUGAAUUUAGCCACAAGGUGGAGACAUUCACACGCUGUAAACAGGAAACAGUCCCCAUGACUAAAAGCCAUCAGCAUGUGUGUUUUGUUUACAGUGUCAGGAAACGACAGCCCGAUAUGGGGGUGUGGCUAAACUCUAUCAUUCCUUUUUAUAAUUUAAAGAAGCAUUAAUUAAGAUCCUUCAUUUUCCACUUGCUCCACAUUCACAGGCGGGGCGCUCUGCUGUGUGUGGACGUUUUGGGUGCUUGGGUUUUUAUUUUGUCCCUCAAAAAUGUUUGACUUUGUUGUAAGCUUGCCUGUGCCAAUGAUUCCGUGCUGAUGACCAGUAGAACAUUUCAGUCCCCCCCUCCACCCUGUGUUUACACGCUCUUAAUUUUUAUACAGAAUAAUAACGUCUGAGACUGAACACUGUAGUUAAUCAAAGCAACGUGCAGGCAUGUUGACCGAACCUUUGGGGAGUGUUUAUCUGUCUGUAUGACGACUCUGACCUGGAUGUAGAUUUUUUUUGAGGUGACAGGUGAAUCAUUCCAGGACGAGGCUUGAUAGUCGCCUGGAGUUGAUGCUGUGCUGUGUAUAAAUGUAAGCUCACAGUUGUCUUUGGUCCAUAUCUCACAUGUUUCCUACCCACGUUGUUUUCAAGUUUCUGUUGGAUCUGAUUCCUUCUCUUAAAGUCAUGUACUAGUCGAUGUGUUUUCCAUUCCUGUGCUCCCUCUCUGUCGUCAAACCAUCGAAAGACAAAACCAAACUAGCUGUAGAACUCAGAGCUCCAGGAGAUCGUCUCAGAUACCAAAAUGUGUCAGUGUUAAAAAGCUUUAUGCUCAGUGAUUCUCACAUAUCGCAGUCAGCUGGUCUAUCUACAGGUUUGUCAUCCUGUGCCUAGUAUUACUUUUCAACACUGUUUGAAAAUACACUGCGUCAUCCUGAGGUCAUCCUGGAUCAUCCUGAGGUCAUCCUGUUUCCUAAUCACUUCAAGUACUCCUCUCAGCUCAAACUCUACAGGCUGCUGAUUUAUCUCCAAUAAGCAAUAACUCUGAUUCUUGGCCUGAAAAUGACGUGUUGGUGUUUGUAAGUAUGAUGAAUGUAAAUAAAAUCUUGCUAACUUUA